ACAGGAAGGUGACUAUGUCAAUGAUAUCACUUGAUGGAGAAAAGUCUGGAAACGUCCAGAGUGACAGCUCGAGGACCAUAUAAGCAUCUGAGGCACAGCACAAGACACAAGAUCCAAAGAGAUCAACAAGAGAAGACCCACAAGAGAAGGCCCAAGAUCCAAGAGAGCCAUCGAGCUUCAAUAUCCAGAGACACCACAGAGCACUUUUGAGUGAACAUCUUGACAGCCUACAAAACAAAAUGGUCUCAGCAAAAGGCAUUGCGAUAGGCAUCGACCUGGGCACCACGUACUCCUGCGUGGGUGUUUUCCAACAUGGCAAAGUGGAGAUCAUUGCCAACGACCAGGGGAACAGGACCACACCCAGCUACGUGGCGUUCACAGACACCGAGAGGCUCAUCGGUGACGCCGCCAAAAACCAGGUGGCGUUGAACCCCAACAACACGGUGUUUGACGCCAAGCGACUGAUCGGAAGGAAGUUUGAGGAUCCGGUUGUAGAAGCAGACAGGAAACACUGGCCCUUCAAGGUAGUCUCUGAUGGAGGGAAGCCCAAGAUCAUGGUGCAGUACAAAGGGGAGGAAAAGGCCUUCAACCCAGAGGAGAUCUCCUCCAUGGUGCUGGUUAAAAUGAAGGAGAUUGCCGAAGCCUACCUGGGCCAGCAAGUGUCCAACGCCGUGGUAACGGUCCCUGCCUACUUUAACGACUCUCAGCGGCAAGCCACCAAAGAUGCGGGCGUCAUCGCCGGACUGAACAUCCUGAGGAUCAUCAACGAGCCCACAGCGGCCGCCAUCGCCUACGGUCUGGACAAAGGCCAGUCGGCAGAGCGCAAUGUCCUCAUCUUUGACCUGGGCGGCGGCACCUUCGAUGUGUCCAUCCUGACCAUCGAGGGUGGCAUCUUUGAGGUCAAAGCCACCGCCGGAGACACGCACCUGGGCGGCGAGGACUUUGAUAACCGCAUGGUGGAGCACUUUGUGGCCGAGUUCAAGAGGAAGCACAAAAAGGACAUCAGCCAGAACAAAAGGGCCUUGCGGAGGCUCCGCACAGCAUGCGAGAGGGCAAAGAGGACACUGUCCUCCAGCUCCCAGGCCAACAUCGAGAUCGACUCCCUCUUUGAGGGCGUUGAUUUCUACACAUCCAUCACCAGGGCACGCUUUGAGGAGCUGUGCUCUGACCUGUUCAGGGGAACUCUAGAACCCGUGGAGAAAGCCCUGAGAGAUGCUAAGAUGGACAAGGGCCAGAUUCACGAUGUGGUCCUCGUUGGUGGCUCCACGCGAAUCCCCAGAAUCCAGAAGCUCUUGCAAGACUUUUUCAACGGCAAGGAGCUGAACAAGAGCAUUAACCCAGAUGAAGCGGUGGCUUACGGUGCUGCUGUACAAGCCGCCAUCCUCACAGGGGACACCUCGGGCAACGUCCAGGACCUGCUGCUGCUGGACGUGGCGCCUCUGUCGCUGGGCAUUGAGACUGCUGGAGGAGUCAUGACACCGCUGAUCAAACGCAACACCACCAUCCCCACCAAGCAGACGCAGAUCUUCAGCACCUACGCCGACAACCAGCCGGGUGUCCUCAUUCAGGUCUUUGAGGGUGAGAGAGCCAUGACCAAGGACAACAACCUGCUGGGAAGGUUUGAUCUGAGCGGUAUCCCACCGGCUCCGCGAGGCGUGCCGCAGAUCGAGGUUACCUUCGACGUGGACGCCAACGGCAUCUUGAACGUGUCGGCGGUGGACAAAAGCACCGGCAAGCAGAACAAGAUCACCAUCACGAAUGACAAAGGCCGUCUCAGCAAAGAGGAGAUUGAAAAGAUGGUUGACGACGCCCAAAAGUACAAAGCUGAGGAUGACCUGCAACGGGACAAGAUCGCGGCCAAGAAUGGUCUGGAGUCAUACGCCUUAAACAUGAAGAGCAGCCUGCAGGAUGAGAAACUGGCAGCCAAGUUGAGCGAGGAGGACAAGAAGACGGUGAUGGACAAGUGCGAGCAGACCCUCAACUGGCUGGACAGCAAUCAGCUGGCAGAGAAAGACGAGUUCCAGCACAAGCAAAAGGAGUUGGAACGAGUGUGUCAGCCAAUCAUCAGCAAGUUGUACCAGGGGGCGGGGCCUGCAGGAGGCUGUGGGGGGCAGGCCCAAACGGGUGCCCAGGGGCCCACCAUUGAAGAGGUUGACUAAAGACAUUACUUGCAUGUCAAAGUGAAGACAAAAUGUUCAAUUUUAUCUAAAUAUUGUUCAAAUUCUCAUGUACAUUGUUUACUAAAUAAAUGAUACAAAAAUA